AUGUUCACGGUCUUGUCCAGUCCCCGAAUGUUACUGAGCACAGGAGGGCUCAGAGUUCUCCCCAUCCUGCCAGGGGCUAUCAACAGGAGGACGCGCACUUCUGACUUGACCCAGAAGCCCCUUCGACAUUUGAAUGUAAAAGUUGGAGACCAAGCUGAGCUCACUAAGGCGUUUACCCAGAAGGACGUUGUUACAUUUUCAGAAUUGACAGGAGACAUCAACCCCUUGCAUUUAAACGAAGACUUUGCAAAACAGACGAAGUUUGAAAGAACCAUCGUUCAUGGGGUCUUGAUCAACGGACUCAUCUCUGCUCUUCUGGGGACAAAGAUGCCUGGUCCAGGCUGCGUGUUCAUCUCGCAGGAGAUCAGCUUCCCGGCUCCUUUGUACACCGGAGAGACAGUGCUGGCGACCGCGAAGGUGAAAAGGCUGAAGAUGGGCAUCGCUUUUGUCGAAGUGUCAUGUUGUGUAACAGAGAGGAAAAAAACCGUGAUGGAAGGGAUGGUUAGGGUUAGGGUCCCAGAAGUCCCUACUUCUUGAACCGUACGUUAAAGCCACAGAGUCAGAAAUUGUAUUGGUGUGAAAAUUAAAGUGCCACUGGAGAGAAUAAUGGAAAAUACUCGAGUUGCCAUUUCAUAUAAUUGUUGAUAAAUACAAAUAUGUUAUGCUUGGAGAAAGGAAGAAACAUUUAAAUAUAUCCAUUUCUACCUCUUUCGUGUCUCCUUUUAGCACACGCAUUCCACUGCCCUACACACAAAUCCAAAGAUUAUUUGGUAUUAGAGUGGUUUCUUCUUUCUAGCCAGCUUUUAAAAAUAUAAAAUAUUUCAAAUAUUUUUUAUUUAUAGCUUUGAGUUCCAAUUUUUCUCCCUUUUCUCCCCCCUCCCUGAGGUAGUAAGCAAUCGGAU